ACAUUGAGUUGUCCGAUCUGAGAUGGACUCGCAUGGAGAAGAGGACCUUGGGCACACGGCGGAGGCCCUGUGUUUGGAGGUCAGGCCUCUGCAGAAGGCCAAACUUGGAGCCAGACUAGCCCACAGGAAGACGUUCAGUCUGGACUAUACAAACGCCCACCGGGAGGCUCAUUACAGGGAGCAAAACUCCCCAGGAUACUCUGAACUGCACUUUCCAGACCGUGAUCUCCAGACAGGGCGUAUUCUGAGGUCCACAGCCAGCCAGCAGGCCUCCACUUCCCCAUGCCAUAGGACGAGUCCUCCUCCCUAUAGCAGGGCUGUGAUGCUUUCGAGGAGGUCUGAUCUAGAACCUGUUAGGUCGGAUAUUAUUAGAGGCUCACACAUCUCUCGCGAGGAUCAGGAAGCAGGCGGCUCCUUCAACCGCAGAGCUCCUCUGAUGUCUCUCAGCAGCUCUGACGAGGAACAGGAGGCUGGAGAACAGGCUGGCAGAGCUCCAGCAGGGCUCAGCGUGGCUUCAUCCCUGCUUACACCCACUCCCACUGGGGAACGCAGGCCGGGUAAGAGAGAGAGGAAGCGACUGAAGAGCCUGAGGAGGAGACAGAGGAGGAGAGAGCGCUGCAGACAGAGCCAGCAGCAGGAGAACGUGCAGAGCUCUACAGGGAACCCAUCUAGCAGCAGUGAGGAUGAGGAGCUGCCCGGCCGGGAUCGUGAAGGCUAUAUCUGUGCUGUGUGUCUGGAUGUCUACUUCAGUCCGUACAUGUGCCAUCCCUGCAGCCACGUCUUCUGUGAGCCUUGUCUGCGGACGCUGGCCAAGAACUGCCCCACCAACACACCCUGUCCAUUGUGCAGAACCACCAUAACACAUGUCUUCUUCCAGAAAGAACUGAACCAUACAGCCCGUACAUUCUUCCCAAAGGAAUAUCUGUCUCGGAAGCAGAAUUUCCAGAAAGCAGGCUGUGCAAAAUGGCCUCUUCCGAGCUGCCGUAAACUGUUUCGAAUUUUUGGAGGCUUUCAAAGGCAGGCAAGUCCAAUCGGCAGACGCCAGUUCCCUCACGGGGGCUACCGGCUUGAUGCCUUCAACUUUGAGGAUGAUUCGCAUGGCUGGCGAUUUGACAUGGACAUGGUGAUCAUCUAUAUAUACUCCGUCAACUGGGUCAUUGGCUUCAUUAUCUUCUGCUUCUUCUGCUAUUUCUUCUUCCUCUCUUUUUAAAGAGAAGGCACAGGGAAGCUGUCUGCGGUGUUUCAGAUCUUUUAGGACAAUACAAAAGUCAUCAAGAAGGGAAUCACGCACUGCAGCUGUUUCUGGACUAUGUGUAGGAAACACCAAUCGGUCACAGAGAGAAAUGAAUUCAUGCAGCAAAAAUUCCAGAGCGUGAUGAUCCGUUUACUGUAAAGAUGAAUCAUGAUUUUUGAGUUUGUGGUUUGCCUAAUAUCUGUUUGCUUUUAAACAGAAUUUUGGCCGACUGCAUGGAGAAGCUUUGCAUGGAUAAUCACAAGUGGACUAUUCAUUUCACUACAAGUUGUAUUCACAUGCUGUACUUUCAUGUGAAUAAACUUGUAAAAGGUCUUCUCUAGAGGUUUGUAAACUAUCCAUAACUAUAGGUCAGCUUCUAAACUAUUCAUAAAAUAUUGCUGAGAAUAAGAACAUCUCAUUUGUUUUUUAACCUUUCUUGCUUGCUUUUACAAUAUUUGUAAAUUUGCCAUAAAGGUUCUUUGUCUGGUCUCAAUACCUAUUACUCAGUUUGUUGUCUUAGAUAGACUUUUUUAUUCUCUCUCUCUCUCUUUCUGCACAUGAUGAGGGAACAAUG